CAUCAUCGGUCAAUCCUCAUCAMAACUAUCACCAAUAAAACUUACUAAACGCAAGGGAAACCAUCAUGGUCCUGUCGUCUUACAAUGGCUCUAGUGUGUACUUGAGUGGGGAUCGCACCUAUCAUGACUCUUGGUGGAAUGAACGAUCACWUAUAGAGCAAGCCUUUGAAUGCGAUGAAGAUAAGACCGUACUACAUUUCAAGAACUUGGAUGUGACAGAAACAAUGGCGGAGCACGUAAUCGAACGGAUCCAAGACCAUCGCAAAAAAGAAGACUGGAUAAAGCUCAUUGUUAUGGAGUGUUCGGACAACGAAUACCUGGAUCACAUUGUCAACACCGCUCUGUCGCACAUUCGAUGCYUUGCAUUAGCUGACACGGACAUGAUCGGCCCAAAUUUGUUUCAAUGCAUAUCAAAUCAUUUGACGAUACCUGACAUUAACCCCGCCAUUUCUUCUGAAAAAAAUUUGGAACAAUUGGACUUACGGGAAAUCGAAAUUUCAUUCGAGCAAGCCUGCGUUCUUAGCGAAGGGAUUGCAAUGACAAAAUGCCUUCGAGAGUUGCGUUUUGGUACAGUUAGGCUUGAUCAGAGAGGUUUUCGAAAAUUGGCUGUGGGUCUCCGUGCCAAUGUGUCGAUCGAGGACCUUCAAUUGGUUCGUUGUCAACUUCAAGACAAGCAGAUAGCGAUGCUUGCUGAUGCCUUAUGUAACCACCCUGGAAUAAACAAGUURGAUCUCACUGGAAACUACUGCCGUCGUUUCGGGCUGAAAGCUUUAUCGAGACUUUUGUCUAUGGAACAUUGUAGAUUGCGCAUUUUGAAAUUGAAUGAUCAAUACUACAACAUGAUUCCUGACGGAGACAUAAACCAAUCGACACUCCACGUUGAGGACCUGCUGGAUGGAUUACAACGAAAUACUACAUUGCAGGAGCUUGAGCUCUCCCGAAACGAACUGUCUGAUGUAGACGCACUCCUGUCGAUUUUGUGGAAGUGCCCAAGACUCAAUUCCCUAGACUUGCUGGGAAAUCGUAUUUCUCAACUUGCAUCAUUGCGACGGUUUUGGUCCCAAUCCAGGCCGAGUCGGCUCCAGAAACUUGAGCUGUCGUAUAAUCCUUUCCACUACAGCCCCGCAAAAAAGAYGCAAGAGGAAAAUGCCAUGUGGCUCUGUCGCUUGCUCGAGUCUCAUCCCGAGCUCCGUUAUGCUGGCAAGAAAUCCUACCUCGACUCUUUUUGGAACAAAACUUGYCACCGGGCAAAGAUCCAGCACUUUCUGGACCUGAAUGGGACUGGCCGACACCUAGUCGCUAACAAUAAAAUGCCACUGGCCUUUUGGCCUUUCGUUUUGGAGCGAGCAAACAAACAAUUUGAGGGAUCCCGGCAAGCGAAUGUCAUUUUUCAUUUACUGCAUGGCCCCGUAACGACUUCUCGRGAAGACCAACCAGUGGUAGAUUGAUGGGAUAGACUUAUUACAGAGCUCUUUGGAUUCUUGCUAACUUACAGCGCACGACUCGCGGGUAUUGCGGGUUCGAUUUGAGAGGCAUAGUUUACACGUUACACCAU